AACACGAGAAGUUAGAUCGGAACCGUUCGGAGCAGCUCGGCAAGCGUGCCUCAUGGAAAUGCACAGCACAAUAGUUCCAUUUGUGUAUUCUCGUCUGCUUUUGUAAAUGAAAAAAAAUCCAAGUCACUUAAAAAAUCAAUUAAAAAUAAAAUGAUAUCCGUUGAAAAAAAAUAUUGAAAAGAAAUUAUUGCUGUUAAUUGUGACAAACUUUACUGUUUAUACUAUAUCGUUCAGUGUAGAUAAUUUGAAUAUUUUCGUGAUCCGAACGGUAAUAAUUUGUGUUGCUUGUUGAAGGAUCGCAAUGGCGGAUUGUGAGGCAGAAUUAUUAAUAAAUUUGGUUAAAUCAAAACGUGCAAUUUACGAUUCAACAAUGAUGGAACACGGAAGUCGGAGCCUCCUGGAAAAAUUAUGGGAGGAAGUUGCUCAAGAAAUGCAUAAAUCAGUUGCAGAAUGCAAGGCAAAAUGGGCAUCACUUCGAAAUUCUUAUGCACGUGCAUUGCGCGAUGGAAAAACGCGAAAUUCAGGCUCAAGUGGUCGUAAACGAAGAAAAUGGUAUUUAGCCGAUUCGAUGGAUUUUUUAUAUAAUUUUAUGAAUCAACAUAAACCAAGUAGUACAAGUAAUAAUACGGUUGAAUAUUGGGAGGAGAAAACUAAUAGUCUCGAUCAAGAGGAAGUUAUUGAAUACGAGAACGAAGAGGAAGUUGAACAUGAACAAUUAGAUUCAAAAAUUGAAUAUGAAGAUCCAACAUCAACUGGUCAACAACAGCAACAACAACAACAACGUGCCAGUAAUUCAAUAUCAAAAAUAAUUAAACCCACAAUUAUUAAUGACGAUGUUCUUGGACCAAUAAUUGAACAUUUACUAACAGAAGUCAAAUCAUCGAGUGAUAAAGAAAAUCCCGAUUGGAGUUUUUUUAAAAGUUUAAUGCCCGAUGUCGCGAAAUUAACGGCAAAAAGACGGAGAAAAUUUAAGGAAAUUGUUCUCACUAAUCUCAAUAAACUCCUCGAGGAGGAUGAAAUCGAGAGUGCCGAAUUUGUUCACAGAAAAGAAUUUUUACAUUAAGAGUUUUAAAAAAAAGAAUAUAAGAGACACCUACUACUGUUUAAAAUUUCAUUUUUCGUUUGAAUAAUCUGUCAAUUGUUCGAAAAUUUUGGUUUAAAAAAAUGUUAUAUUUAUUUAGAAUAUUAUUUAAAAAUAACAUAAUCGUUAAUUCAAUUAAAAUUAAUGAAUUGCGCAUAAAUGUUUAAUUUUUUUUAAACUAAAACAUUCGAAAAAUAACAAUUAUUCGUCAAAGUUUUUUUUUAUAUGUCGAAUGUAUCAUAUUUUUCCUUCUCAUCUAAGAAUUUAUAAACAGAAAUUCUUUUGAUAGCAUUUCAAAUGGAAAAAAAGUAUUUUUUACUAUGUAUUCACUAUUUUUUUUAAAGAUGCUUUGAACUCUUAAAAUUCUAUAUUUUACCGUAUGAAUAAAAUUUUACACAAGUACAAAGAAAAUGAACCAACAAAAAUGAUAAAACGUAAAAGAAAUAAAAAGAAUAUUUCAGACAAGCAUCCAAGACCAAAAACAAGAAUAUUUUUCUUUUCCAUAUAUAUAAAAAAAAGUAAAAUAUUAUAAGAGAAAAAAUUUCCAACCUUAAAAGUGCUACAUUUUCUUUAUGAUAAUGAAUUGUUUUCAAAAAUUUAAUUUAAGGAAAUAAUUUAUAUUCAUAAUUUUGAUUUCGUUUUAGAAAAAAAACAUUCAUGUAUGAAAGGGGGGGGUGAGAGAUAGGGAUAAAAAUAAACUGUGAUUUAUUGUAUAAAAGGGAUUAAUAUAAAAAAAAGAUAUAUUGUUUAUUAAGAGUUUUAAUAAUUAAUAAACUUAAAUUUCAAAA